UCCUGUCCUCUGCAGCCCGCCAGCGGUUAGGGCGACCAUGGCGAGCGGCCACCGCCUCCUGCUGGAGAACGCACAGCAAGUGGUGCUGGUGUGUGCUCGUGGCGAGCGCUUCCUGACCGGGUCUGCGCUGCGCAGCCUGGCGGUGCUGGAGGGUGCCAGCGUGGUGGUGGGCACAAGAUUCUGUACAUUCUUUUUCGCCCUAAAAUCCCGGAUAUUGAUCCAGGUGUGCAGUCCCAGCACUCAAGACACAGAAGAGCCCCGUAAUCACCCUCUAGUAUCACCCCUGGAGGUAGGUUCUGCAGACCUGCCUGUAACCUCCCUGAGUGAGCCUUGCGUUCAGUUGGCAGGGGCUACGUACAUGGACAUUCACCAGGCUGGAGGAGGGAUCAACUUCACGGUGGAGCACACCCGUCAAGCCUCGGAGGAGGAACUGUUCUGCUCCUUCCAGCAGAGGCUGCAGUGCAUGAUGAGGGCUGGCACCACGCUGGUGGAGUGCAAGAGCGGAUAUGGCCUCAACCUGGAGACAGAGCUCAAGAUGCUGCGCGUCAUCGAGCGCGCCCGGCGGGAACUGCACCUCAGCCUCUCUGCCACUUACUGCGGGGCUCACUCACUUGGGGCCGAACUAGGAGCACAGGCGGUCAGCCACCUGGAGGAAGUCAGUGACGAAGGCAUCACUGCCAUGGCUGCAGCUCGGUGUUCUGCUGUCCUUCUGCCCACCACGGCCUACAUGCUGAGGCUGAAGCAGCCUCGAGCCAGGAAGAUGUUAGAUGAGGGUGUCAUAGUUGCUCUGGGCAGCGAUUUCAACCCCAACGCCUACUGCUUUUCCAUGCCGAUGGUCAUGCACCUGGCCUGUGUGAACAUGAGAAUGUCCAUGCCGGAGGCCUUGGCCGCUGCCACCAUCAACGCGGCUUAUGCGCUGGGAAAAUCUCACACCCACGGAUCUUUGGAAGUUGGCAAGCAGGGGGACGCCAUCAUCAUCAAUGCAUCCAGAUGGGAACAUUUGAUUUACCAGUUUGGAGGCCAUCAUGAAUUAAUUGAUUAUGUUAUAACUAAAGGAAAAGUCAUCUAUAAGAAGUGAUAGAUCUGAACCGAUGAGAUGCCUCAGUGCGAUAAGUCUCCUGUCACCAAACCCUGAGUAUGAUCCUGGGUCUCAUGAGGUGGGAGGAGAGAAUGUCUAAGAGUUACCCUCUGACCCCCACGUACUCACCUGCUAUGUACCAGACCCCUCCUCACCUCCACAUAAAUAAAUGUAAUAAGAUAAAAAUAUA